CGGGCACCGGGCCGGCUUCGGCGUCCCCCAGCUGCUGGAUCUUACACCCCUGCCCUCCACACGCACCUCCCUCGCGGGCCGCGGCAGACCAUGCCCUCUCUAUGACGGUUGCUUGCUAAGCUAACUCUGCAUGCCAGAAGACUGUCCUUGGUUGAUCCAGGGGCUCUUGGGGACUCCGGCCUCUCCCCGGUUUUUCCGUGUGUGUGUGUUCCUCUAGAACUUUCAAAACUGUUUCUCCAAAGGGUUUUGCAGAAACUCAGACUGUUUUCUAAAGCAGAAGCACCUCAGUCCACAGCAGUAGUGAUGGGCAGCGUGCGAACCAACCGCUACAGCAUCGUGUCUUCGGAGGAGGACGGCAUGAAGCUGUCCACCAUGGCCGUGGCCAACGGCUUUGGGAAUGGGAAGGGCAAGGUACACACCAGGCAGCAGUGCAGGAGCCGCUUUGUCAAAAAAGACGGCCACUGCAACGUCCAGUUUAUUAACGUGGGGGAGAAGGGACAGCGAUACCUGGCAGAUAUCUUCACCACCUGCGUGGACAUCCGCUGGAGGUGGAUGCUGGUUAUCUUCUGCCUGACCUUCAUCCUCUCCUGGCUUUUUUUUGGCUGUGUGUUUUGGUUGAUUGCACUGUUGCACGGGGAUCUGGAGAACCAAGAGAACAGCAAGCCUUGCGUCUCUCAAGUGAGCAGCUUCACCGCAGCCUUCCUGUUCUCCAUCGAGACCCAGACCACGAUCGGCUACGGCUUCAGGUGCGUCACGGACGAGUGCCCCAUCGCGGUGUUCAUGGUGGUUUUCCAGUCUAUAGUGGGCUGCAUCAUCGAUGCCUUCAUCAUUGGGGCCGUCAUGGCAAAGAUGGCUAAGCCAAAAAAGAGAAACGAAACUCUGGUGUUCAGCCACAAUGCCGUGGUGGCCAUGAGAGACGGGAAGCUGUGCCUGAUGUGGCGCGUUGGGAACCUGAGGAAAAGCCACUUGGUGGAGGCGCACGUGCGAGCGCAGCUCCUCAAAUCCAGGAUCACGUCGGAAGGGGAGUACAUCCCCUUGGAUCAGAUAGACAUCAACGUAGGGUUUGACAGCGGCAUAGACCGGAUAUUCCUGGUCUCCCCCAUCACCAUAGUACACGAAAUAGAUGAGGACAGUCCUUUGUAUGACCUGAGCAAGCAGGACAUGGACAAUGCUGACUUUGAAAUCGUUGUAAUAUUAGAGGGCAUGGUGGAGGCCACCGCCAUGACCACCCAGUGCCGUAGCUCCUACCUGGCGAACGAAAUCCUCUGGGGCCACCGCUACGAGCCCGUGCUCUUCGAAGAGAAAAACUACUACAAAGUGGACUACUCGAGGUUCCACAAAACAUACGAAGUGCCCAACACACCCAUCUGCAGUGCCAGAGACUUAGCAGAGAAGAAAUACAUUCUCUCGAACGCGAACUCCUUUUGCUACGAGAACGAGGUCGCCCUCAGCAGCAAAGAGGAGGACGAGAUCGACACGGGGGUGCCUGAGAGCAUGAGCACAGACACCCACCCCGACAUGGACCACCACAACCAGGCCGGCGUGCCUCUGGAGCCGCGGCCGCUGCGGCGGGAGUCGGAAAUAUGACCGGCGGACUCUUCCUCUCCCUUUUGGUUGAAAGUUUAAAAUAAAAAAAAAAAAAAACAAACAAACAACCCACAUCUACCGGUCAAAGGCACGUUGUUGACCUGAGAAGUUGGCCCAGAACAGUUUUCAGACAACGGUACUGUUGAAGAGUGUGGUGGGAAGGCAGCAGACCUGAGAAACCCAGGCUGGUUUUAGGGCUGUCCUCAGAGGAGGGACGACAGAAAGCGAACUCUAAACACAAAGCACUAAACAUGUCUAAGUAUGAACAGAAGGCACAUAUGUUGUAGAAUAAAUUAUGUAUAUAUUUUUUUACAAAACUUGAACUUGCAGGCAAGCUUUGGUUGGGUUAUUAUUAUUUUUUUUUUUCAACUUUUUCCAGAAUGCUUCUCUCUAGGGAACAAGAAUGUUUUUAAUGGCAUAACAAAGGCAAGGAUCUGCCUUAUUAUUAUUAUUAUAAUUAUUUUUUAAAAAGCUGCUGCUAACUACAUGAACACAAAUGGUUAUUUUUGUUGCAGUGUAGUUUUUAUUUUCUCUUGUGUAAUUUAAAAAAAAAAAAAAAAAAAGAAAAAAAAGUCAGUGUUGAACUUUUUGGGUUGAAAAGCUCAUGAUCAGUUCAGAGAGGCCGAUGUUGCCAGAAAGUCUAAACUCCUUUUAAGGCCAGUAGUUUGAUAGCUAGAAUCAAUUUCUCUCUUUCCAAUUACAUAAGGGGCAUUAUGUAAUAUCAGGCCAAUCAGUAGCCUCCAGCAAAAUUAUGAUUUUUGGGGGGAGAAUUUAAUUCUCUGUCUAGAGUGAGACAAAAUAUAGGUAUACGUAGGAAAAAGUACUAAGUGAAAACUACCUAAGUGGAUACCAAAGAAAAUGCACAGUUUUGCACAGUGGAGUUUAUUUAAAAAAAAAAAAAAAAAAAGGAAAAAAAAAUGGAACAGGCUGCUUUAAACAAAAAAAAAAAAAA